AUGCCCCUCCAGACCUACCACCAUUCAGCCUCCUCCAAGGGACUCGGCAGUGUUACCACACUGAUAGUGGGUGCCAAAGAGGCCGUGUUGAUCGACGCUCCUUUCCUCCUUCCUGAUGCCAAGUCUGUCAUUAGCUGGAUUCAAGCCACUACCGACAAACCUCUCAAAGCGAUUUUUGUCACCCAUCACCAUCCUGAUCAUUUCUUUUCGGCCAAUCCUAUCCUCGAAGCCUUUCCAUCGGCCGAGUUCUACGCAGCACCCUAUGUGCUUGCAGGAAUCAAUCGCGAAUAUGACGACAAAGUGAGCUAUUGGCCUACCGUUUUUGGCAAAGAUAACGUCCCCGAGGCACCUAGAAAGCCAAAGGUAUUUGACUUUUCCUUUUUCAUGUUUGAAGAUAAUCCGGGUAGCCCUGUGGUUCUCCUCGGUCCACUGCAAGGCGAUUCAGUUGAUCAUACAAUAUUCUGGAUGCCAAGUGAGAGAACAGUCGUAUGUGGUGACACAAUUUAUGGCAGAAGUACACAUGUUUGGUAA